AUGAUGGGGAUGAUUAUUCCUGAGUUAUCCACUCUAAACCCAACCCGCUUGGACGAUUAUUUGCAAUGGAAUCCUCUUUAUGAUGAUCUCUUAUCUCAAACUCAAGAGAAUGAUGGUAUAGCAUCCCAAGGGGCCAAACUUCAUGAGGGAGUGGAAAGUAUGCAAGUCAUGAUGACUGAAGAAAUCUUUGAUCAAUUUUUGGCCUCCAAAGCUAUUACUCUGUCCGAAUCAAAGCGUCCUACUAAGGCCAACAAGACAAAUGACCCUAGAUAUUGUCGGUAUCAUCGCCUUGUCAGUCAUACGCUCAAGGAUUGUUAUAUCUUGAAGGACAAAAUCCAAGAGCUCCUCAACAAUGGCGGUUUAGAGAUAGACUCUUCUUCCCAACAUCAUUCAGCUGCGGCAAAUAUGAUAGAAGAAAAGCUCACACCCAUCACUGCAUUACUAGAUGGAGUGAAAUUUGCAGUUGAAUUCUUCUCGAGUGAAUAUGAAGUUGAGGAAGAAAUCAUUCAAUGCAACAUGGUUUCUGUAGAGGAAUAUGAGGUCGACAUAGAGGUUGAUGAGAUUAACCUCCGCUCCGGUCGAAGCAUCCCAUCUGCUGAUAAAGCGCAACAAAAUGGGGAAUCUGAUCCCUCUAAAACUGAGAAGAAGUCGAAGGCGAAAGAAAUUAAGGUCUCCUUGUCAGAAAAAACUGUUGCAGGGGAAGCUCCGAUGUCCACUUCAAAAGCAAAAGAUCCUAAGCUCGAUACUGGUAAAACAAAGGAGUCGUCCCAAUUACAUGCACUGAAGUAUGAUAUUUUGGCUCAUCUUAAGUGUAUCCCCGCUUCUUUAAGUGUCUAUGACGCUCUACAAAUGUCGAGAGAGCUUAGGGAAGCACUUGUAAUGGCUUUAAUGAGCCCGGAUUUGUACAAGUCAUGUUUCAAAUCAACAGAUGUCCACACAACUGAAACCUCAAAGUUUUGUGCAUCGUUUGGAGGCACGACCAUCAGUCGAAUCUUGUUAAAUUCUGGUUCGGCUGUGAAUCUUAUCCCUUUAAAGACGCUCCAUGCUAUAGGGAUGAGUGCCCGAAAAUUGUCUCUAUCUAUGCUGACUAUUCAAGGGUUCAAUCAACUUGGGCAAAAAGCCAUGGGUUCUAUUGCACUACAAAUGGAAAUAGGGGACCUAUAUUCAGAUGCUCUAUUCCAUUUGUUGGCUGUUGUUGCGAAUCUCACGGCUUGGUGCUCCGGGCCGAGGGGAUGUAGAAGAUGGUUAAAUGAUGCGCCUGUUUCGCGUUCGAAUCUGAAUCAAACGAUUAUGGCCGAGAGAGGAACUGAUCUCGGCCGUCAGGUUCACGACCUGAGCUACAAGGCCGUUUUAGUGGUGGUGUUGGUGGUGGGUUUUAGGUGGUGCUCCGGCGCGUUGCUCAGAGAGCGACGGUCGUAUGAUAUAUGGGGUGAUCCUGAGCUUAGUAUUUAUAGAAGGAGUCUUGGAGGGACAAUCGAGGCUGAAAAGACCUACGUGUGGAGCCUGAUCGGGGCAAGUGGGCCACAACCAGAAACUUCCGAGCCCGAAGUGCUCACUACUAUGGAACAAGCUAUGUUCAGAGAAGAUGAGGUGAAUACAAGGCCACUUUGCAUCUCUGUGUUCAAACGCUUAAAGGGCAGACAACCACCUCGCAUCUCAGUCUUUCAACGCUUGGAGAGCCCUUCAAAUUUUCAACGAGAGAAAGUCCAUAAUAAGAGGAAAUGGAAGGUUAAGAAUCAAGAUAAAUCCGUGUUCAAAACAGUCAAAAGGGUGAAAAUAAAGGAUGACGAUGCCCAAGUCAACUGCACCUCUUUCAAAGAAACAGUGGGUCAAGACAAUAGCCCUCCAGAUAACGAGGAAUUUGUUGACAUAGUCCAACCAGCUGCACCACAAAUGGAGGAGGGAGGUCAAGCCACGAUUGGUAAUCUCCAAGAAAUUAAUCUUGACAUGCCAAGUUUAGACCCAAACGUUGCAGUUCACAAACUUGGGAUACCUAAUGAGACUCGAUGGGUGAAGCAAGCUCCACGCCAUUUUUGGCCAGAGCUAACAAUCCAAAUAGAAAUAGAGAUUGACAAGCUUAUUGCCGCUGGUUUUAUCCGAGAUGUCCAAUAUCCCACCUGGUGGUCUAAUAUUGUCCCAGUCCUCAAAAAAACUGGGGCACUAUGUAUAUGUGUGGACUAUAGAGACAUCAAUGAUACAUGCCCAAAAGAUGAGUUUCCACUUCCAAUUACAGAAUUAUUGGUGUCAACCAUUCUAGAGGUUAAUGAAGAAGGAUGUUCCGUUUGCAUGGGAUCAAGCAUGCCAAAAUGCUUUGGAAACAUUAAACAAUACCUGUUGAAUUCACAAGUUCUAACGGCACCAAUUAAAGGGAAGCCUUUAAUCCUAUACAUUGCAACAUUAGAACGCUCGUUGGGUGCAUUGCUCGCCCAACAGAACGAGGAUGGAAAGGAGAAUGCAGUAUAUUACUUGAGUAGAACUCUCGUAGGGGCAGAACAAAAUUACACCCCCACCGAAAAGGUCUGCCUCGCUUCGUUGUUUGCUGUCCAGAAACUACGACACUACAUCCUCUCUCAUAGAGUCAUUUUGAUUUCCAAGGCAGAUCCACUCCGAUAUUUAAUGUCCAAGCCUGUGCUCUCUAGUCACAUCCCGAGGUCGAAAAAUGAUAAAGCUGUUGCGCUAGCUAAUUUGGCUACAUCGCUAACGCUACCUGAUGAAAGGGAUAUCCAAAUCACUGUUGGGGAACAUCAUUUACUACCCCCAACUAUAGAAAGAAUUGAAGAAGUUGUUGAUUCAAACGUCAUUACAGCUUCCGAAUAUGAGGAAGAACUAGAUGAUCUCGAUUGGCAUCAUCCCAUAAUCAAGUGUCUGUCGAAACAAGACGCAACUAAAGCCCAUCAUGAUACUCAUGCUGGUACUUGCGGUGCUCAUCAAAAGAUAAUAUCCGACAAUGCAUUGUAUUUCAAGUGCAAGUCCAUGACCAAGUUGUGCGAGAAGUAUAUGUUUCAGCACUCGUUUUCCGCGAGUUACAAUUCGUCGUCAAACGGUCAAUCUGAAGCUUUCAAUAAGAUACUGUGCAACAUCCUAAAGAAGAUGAUCUCAGGAAAUAAAAGAGACUGGCAUGAGCGCCUCCCUGAAGCAUUAUGGGCUUAUAGGACGACCAUACGCAAUUCAACAAGAUGUACACCCUACAAUUUGGUGUUUGGCUUCGAGGCUAUUCUACCAUUAAAAGUCCAAUUGCCAUCGUUAAGGGUAGCUUUACAGUUGGCAAACCCUGACAAAAAUGCAAAUGUGAGACUGGCAGAGCUUAAAGCUCUCGAUGAGAAAAAACUGGUAGCUCAACAAAGGCUCGAAAUAUAUCAAGCUCAGGUUGCAUGGGCAUUCAACAGAAAAGUUAAGUUCAUAUCUUUCUCAAUUGCAGAUUUGGUUUUAACUGUCCAAAGACCAUUUGUCAUUACCAGGAAAAUGCACGGUAAGUUUGAACCCAAGUAG